AUGACUGGUCCUGCUGGCGGAUCCAGUGUGUCACAGGCCUGUGCCGCAUGCAAGCACCAACGUAGAAAAUGUGCACCUGAAUGUGUAUUGGCUCCGUUUUUUCCUCCGCAUCGACAAGCGGAGUUUCUAAAUGUUCACAAACUGUUCGGUGUUCGGAAUAUUAUGAACACCGUUAAGAAAGUCGAAAUGAGUCGUCGUGGAGAUGCGGUUAGGUCUAUGGUUCAUGAAGCGUAUUUCCGAGCGGUGGAUCCGGCUGGCGGAGCGUAUCGAAUACUUAGUCAUCUUCAACACAGGUAUAAUCAUAUGAAGGCAGAAUUAGAUUUAGUCCGCCAACAACUUGCUAUAUUUCGGUCGGUUCAAAUAGAUGGUAUCGGUAGUGAACAUAUGCAACAUCCUCCUCUUAAUUAUUCCAAUUUCGGUCGAAAAGAAUCUGCAGAAGCAAUCAAUCAAACAGAUGAUAUUACGAGUCCUCGUAUUAAUAUUUUACGUGGUGAUAUUAUUAAGAAGGAAGGAUCAUCUUCAAACCGGGAUAAGAAAACAAUGCGGCUUGAAAAGAAAGGAUCGGCUUCGAAUUUGGAUAAUGGAACAUUUGAAUCGGCACCGUAUGACGGUAACGGUAAUACUAAGAUCGAUAACAUCGACGAAAAUCAUUCAUCAUCUCGUAGUCACGAAAACGAAACGAAUAGCCUGGAAGAUGUAAAGCUAAAUGUUCGAGAUUGA